GCGGCGCCCUCUGUGAGGCGGCGGCGGCGGAGAGCGGCGGUGGCGGGCAUUCAUGUCGGCGGGCAGGGAUUAGCGCGGCGGACGGCGAGCCGAGAGGAGGGGGCGGCCGACCGAGCCGUCUCCCCCUUCCCACGGGGUCUCCGGCGGGAGAGAGCCGUACCUGGUUGGCGGGGGCGGGAGGACAUGGCUGACCGGAGCGCGCCGAGCUGCCACCUGCGGCUGGAGUGGGUCUACGGUUACCGGGGUCACCAGUGCCGCAACAACCUGUACUACACGGCCGCCAAGGAGAUCGUCUACUUCGUGGCUGGGGUCGGCGUGGUCUACAGCCCCCGGGAGCACCGGCAGAAAUUCUACCUGGGGCACCAGGACGACAUCAUCAGCCUUGCUUUGCAUCCUGAACGUGUGUUGGUGGCAACAGGUCAAGUUGGAAAGGAACCAUAUAUCUGCGUAUGGGACUCGUACACUGUGCAAACUGUAUCUGUUCUGAAGGACGUUCACACGCAUGGUAUAGCUUGCUUGGCUUUUGAUUUAGAUGGUCAGCGGUUGGUCUCAGUUGGUUUGGAUUCAAAAAACACAGUUUGUGUUUGGGACUGGAGAAAAGGAAAAUUGUUAUCAAUGGCUCCUGGUCAUACAGACAGAAUAUUUGAUAUUUCUUGGGAUUUGUACCAGCCAAACAAACUCGUCAGCUGUGGUGUAAAACACAUCAAGUUCUGGAGCUUGUGUGGCAAUUCACUGACACCAAAACGUGGUGUUUUUGGCAAAACUGGUGAUCUUCAAACUAUAUUGUGCCUAGCUUGUGCAAGAGAUGAAGUGACGUAUUCCGGUGCAUUGAAUGGUGAUAUUUAUGUAUGGAAAGGAAUCAACCUUGUAAGAACAAUACAGGGAGCACAUGCUGCAGGAAUUUUCAGCAUGAACGCGUGUGAAGAGGGCUUUGCUACUGGUGGCAGAGAUGGCUGUGUUCGCUUGUGGGAUUUAAAUUUUAAACCAAUUACUGUGAUUGAUCUCAGGGAAACAGACCAGGGAUAUAAAGGUCUGUCUGUAAGAAGUGUUUGCUGGAGAGGAGACCAUAUACUUGUUGGAACACAAGACAGUGAGAUUUUUGAAAUUGUGGUACAUGAGCGUAAUAAGCCUUUCCUGAUAAUGCAGGGGCAUUGUGAAGGAGAGCUGUGGGCUUUGGCUGUCCAUCCUACAAAACCAUUGGCAAUGACUGGAAGUGAUGACCGAUCAGUCAGAAUUUGGAGUUUAAUAGACCAUGCUCUGAUUGCCCGGUGCAAUAUGGAGGAACCCAUUCGCUGUGCAGCAGUUAGUACUGAUGGAAUCCAUCUUGCUCUUGGAAUGAAGGAUGGCUCUUUCACUGUGCUUAGGGUCAGAGAUAUGACUGAGGUUGUUCAUAUCAAAGACAGGAAAGAAGCUAUUCAUGAACUGAAAUAUUCACCAGAUGGGAACUUCCUAGCUGUUGGUUCCAAUGACAGCUCUGUGGAUAUAUAUGGUGUUGUUCAGAGAUACAAGAAAGUUGGGGAAUGUAUUGGAUCUUUAAGUUUCAUCACCCAUAUGGAUUGGUCUUCAGACAGUAAAUAUAUACAGACUAAUGAUGGCAAUGGGAAGAGACUUUUUUACAGGAUGCCAAAUGGAAAGGAAGUAACAAACAAGGAGGAAUUAAAAGGGGUUCAAUGGGCAUCAUGGACUUGUGUUUCUGGUGUUGAAGUUAAUGGAAUCUGGCCUAAAUAUUCAGAUAUAAAUGAUAUAAAUUCAGUGGAUGCAAAUUUUAUUGGACAAGUUAUGGUUACAGCUGAUGAUUAUGGAAUUGUAAAGCUCUUUCGAUACCCGUGUCUAAGAAAAGGAGCAAAGUUUAAAAAGUAUCUUGGUCAUUCUGCUCAUGUGACAAAUGUCAGAUGGUCACACGAUCACCAGUGGGUUGUUUCCAUUGGAGGAGCAGAUCAUUCUGUCUUUCAGUGGAAAUUUGUCCCUGAUCGGAAGUUGAAGGAUUCCCUUCAUAUAGCACCGCAAGAGAGUCUGGUUGAUUCUAAUAGUGAUGAAUCAGAUUCAGAUCAGUCUGAUGUUCCAGAGCUGGACUCUGAAAUUGAACAAGAGACACAGAUCACAUAUCGUAGACAGGUUUACAAAGAAGAUCUACCUCAACUUAAAGAGCAAUGUAAAGAAAAAAGAAAAAGUGCAGCUUCUAAGAGACGAGAGAGAGCUCCAGGGAACAGUAUAAGAUUGCAUUUUGUUCAUGGUUACAGAGGUUAUGACUGUCGAAGCAAUUUAUUUUACACUCAGACGGGUGAAAUUGUAUACCAUGUUGCAGCAGUGGGAGUAGUGUACAAUCGACAGCAGAACACACAGCGCUUUUAUCUAGGUCAUGAUGAUGACAUUCUUUGCCUUGCUAUUCAUCCCUUAAAGGACUAUGUGGCAACAGGCCAGGUUGGUCGAGAUUCCUCUAUACACAUUUGGGAUACUGAAACAAUAAAACCACUUUCAGUACUAAAGGGCUAUCACCAGUAUGGAGUUUGCGCUGUUGAUUUUUCAGCGGAUGGGAAAAGAUUGGCUUCUGUUGGAAUAGAUGACAAUCAUACUAUUGUCCUCUGGGACUGGAAGAAAGGAGAGAAGCUUUCAGCAGUAAGGGGAAGCAAAGAUAAGAUUUUUGUUGUUAAGAUUAAUCCUUAUAUGCCUGAAAAACUGAUUACAGUUGGAAUUAAACACUUGAAAUUCUGGCGAAGAGCAGGGGGAGGACUAAUUGGGAGAAAGGGCUGCAUAGGUGCUAUGGGAAGAGCCGAUACAAUGAUGUGUGCGGUAUAUGGCUGGACUGAAGAGAUGGCAUUCUCUGGAACUUCCACAGGAGAUGUUUGUAUCUGGAGAGAUGUGUUUCUCAUAAAAACUGUCAAAGCACACGAUGGUCCUGUGUUCAGCAUGCACGCAUUAGAAAAAGGAUUCGUCACUGGAGGAAAGGAUGGGGUAGUAGCUCUCUGGGAUGAUACUUUUGAACGCUGUCUCAAAACCUAUGCCAUCAAAAGGGCUGCUUUGGCCCCUGGCUCUAAAGGACUCCUCUUAGAAGAUAAUCCUUCUAUACGUGCCAUUUCUUUAGGACAUGGUCAUAUUUUAGUGGGCACAAAGAAUGGUGAAAUAUUGGAGGUAGAUAAAAGUGGACCAGUAACUCUUUUGGUUCAGGGUCACAUGGAGGGGGAAGUUUGGGGUCUCGCUACUCAUCCUCAUUUACCCAUUUGUGCUACUGUAAGUGAUGACAAAACCUUAAGAAUAUGGGAUUUAUCUCCUAGCCAUUGUAUGUUAGCUGUUCGCAAAUUGAAGAAGGGAGGCAGAUGUUGCUGUUUUUCUCCCGAUGGGAAAGCGUUAGCUGUUGGUUUAAAUGAUGGAAGUUUUUUGAUAGUUAAUGCAGAUACCUUGGAAGAUCUAGUCUCCUUCCAGCACAGGAAAGAUAUUAUUUCAGAGAUCCGAUUUUCUCCAGGAGCUGGAAAGUACUUAGCUGUGGCAUCUUGUGACAAUUUUGUUGAUAUUUACAAUGUAAUGAGCAGUAAACGAGUAGGAAUCUGCAAGGGGGCCUCCAGUUAUAUAACACACUUGGACUGGGACGUAAGAGGGAAGCUCUUGCAAGUCAACACUGGUGCUAAAGAGCAGUUGUUUUUUGAAGCUCCUCGUGGGAAAAAACAGACAAUUCCUACUUUGGAGGUAGAAAAGAUUGGCUGGGCAUCAUGGACAAGUGUUUUGGGCUCUUGCUGUGAAGGAAUCUGGCCAAUAAUUGGUGAAGUCACAGAUGUAACUGCUUCAUGCCUCACUAGUGAUAGUAAAGUAUUAGCCACAGGAGAUGAUUUUGGAUUUGUGAAACUGUUCCGUUACCCUGCUAAAGGAAAAUUUGGAAAAUUUAAGAGGUAUGUUGCUCACAGUACCCAUGUAACAAAUGUCCGCUGGACCUAUGAUGACAGUUUGUUGGUCACUGUUGGAGGAGCAGACACAUCUUUAAUGCUGUGGACUUAUGAGGUGGAAGGACAUCGGGAUAGCCGACAGUGUGACAGUGAGGAAUCUGACCUAGAUUCUGAAGAAGAUGGAGGUUAUGACAGUGAUGUGACAAGGGAAAAUGAAAUUAAUUACACCAUCAAAGCCUUAUCAACAAACAUUAGACCAAUGUUUGGAAUUAAGCCUCAUCUACAACAAAAGGAGCCAACCUUAGAUGAAAGACCACCAGUUAGUAGGGCAUUGCCACAGCCUGAGAAACUUCAAACAAAUAAUGUUGGGAAAAAAAAGAGACCUAUAGAGGACCUAAUUUUGGAGCUGGUGUUUGGGUACCGAGGCAAGGACUGCCGGAACAAUGUGCAUUAUUUGAAUGAUGGUGCUGAUGUUAUCUAUCAUACUGCAUCUAUUGGGAUCUUGUAUAAUGUGGCAACAGGUUCUCAGUCUUUUUACCAAGAACAUAAUGAUGAUAUUUUGUGCCUCACUGUAAAUCAGCACCCCAAGUUUACCAACAUAGUGGCAACUGGCCAAGUAGGAGACUCAGCAGAUAUGUCAGCUACAGCUCCUUCUAUUCAUGUGUGGGAUGCAAUGAACAAACAGACGCUAUCAGUACUGCGGUGCUACCAUUCUAAGGGAGUUUGCUCAGUCAGUUUCAGUGCCACUGGCAAACUGCUGCUCUCUGUAGGGCUUGAUCCUGAGCAUACCAUUACCAUUUGGAAGUGGCAGGAAGGUGCCAAAAUUGCCAGCCGAGCUGGUCAUAACCAGCGUAUAUUUGUAGCAGAAUUCAGACCGGAUUCAGAUACCCAGUUUGUUUCUGUGGGAGUGAAACACGUGAGGUUCUGGACACUGGCUGGAAGAGCACUUCUCAGUAAAAAAGGGCUACUGAGUUCCAUAGAAGAUGCCCGAAUGCAGACAAUGCUGUCUGUAGCUUUUGGAGCUAAUAACUUGACAUUUACAGGUACUAUCAGUGGAGAUGUUUGUGUUUGGAAAGAUCAUGUGUUGAUACGAAUUGUGGCCAAAGCUCACAAUGGACCAGUUUUCACAAUGUACACCACCUUGAGAGAUGGUCUGAUUGUUACAGGAGGCAAGGAAAGGCCAUCAAAGGAAGGAGGAGCUGUUAAACUAUGGGAUCAAGAACUGAAACGAUGUCGUGCCUUCAGACUGGAGACGGGGCAAAUAACUGACUGCGUUCGCUCUGUUUGUAGGGGCAAGGGAAAAAUUCUUGUUGGCACAAGAAAUGCUGAAAUAAUUGAAGUUGGAGAAAAAAAUGCUGCAUGUAACAUUUUAAUUAAUGGUCAUAUGGAUGGACCAAUCUGGGGCCUAGCAACACAUCCUUCCAGAGAUUUUUUCCUUUCUGCUGCAGAAGAUGGCACAGUACGGCUCUGGGAUAUUGCUGAAAAGAAGAUGCUGAACAAAGUCAGCUUAGGACACGCAGCUCGUACUGUUUGUUACAGCCCAGAAGGUGAUAUGGUAGCUAUUGGCAUGAAAAAUGGAGAAUUCAUUAUCUUGCUUGUGACCUCUCUGAAGAUUUGGGGGAAAAAAAGAGAUAGAAGAUCAGCUAUCCAAGAUAUCAGGUUUAGCCCAGAUUCUCGUUAUUUAGCAGUCGGUUCCAGUGAGAACGCAGUGGAUUUUUAUGACCUGACAUUGGGCCCCACGCUAAAUCGAGUCAGCUACUGCAAGGAUAUCCCAAGUUUUGUGAUCCAGAUGGACUUCUCUGCAGAUAGCUGUUAUCUCCAGGUAUCUACUGGGUCUUACAAAAGGCAAGUCUAUGAAGUGCCUUCAGGAAAACAGCUUGUGGACCAGGCUGUGAUUGACAAAAUAACUUGGGCUACUUGGACAAGUGUUCUAGGUGAUGAAGUAAUUGGAAUCUGGUCCAGACAUGCUGAAAAAGCUGAUGUGAACUGUGCCUGUGUCUCUCACUCGGGAAUCAACCUUGUAACAGGCGAUGAUUUUGGCAUGGUCAAACUGUUUGACUUUCCAUGUCCUGAAAAAUUUGCAAAACACAAACGAUUUUUAGGUCACUCUGCCCACUUAACCAACAUUCGAUUUACAAGUGGAGACAGAUAUGUGGUUAGUGCAGGAGGGGAUGACUGCAGCUUAUUUAUUUGGAAAUGUGUACAUAUGCCUCAUUGAGGGAGACAUGGAGACUUGCAAAGAGGACGCUGCAUGAAGUACCAGGCAUGAAAUACCCAGGAUUGCAAUGUGAUAUUCUACUGUGCCCUGCAUGCUUAAGAAAUGGUGCUGAUCCAAGACACAGAGUAAUCUGUCUUUGAAAGACAAGUAUCUAGAGUCUGUCAGAAGAUAGACUAUAAGAAAUAUGCUGAGGCCAUUAGAUUUUACUUCUGUAAUCCGGGUUUGUAUUUCACUCACUGCCAGAUGUUGAAAAUGAAAAACGUGGAUAAAUGAAAAAAGGGAAUUGUUAGUCAAUGUACAGUAUCACAGUAAGAGCCUGGGUUUUGAAUCAAGAGAUGUUAUUUCUGAUCUAGUACUGUACGUUGAUCUAUUCUGAGCAUGAAUGUUUCUGCUUUAAGUUUUGGGGUCUGAAUAUCAUUGAGAAAAGAGUAUUCCAUAUUUUAUUACUGAAAGAAACCAUAUAUUAAAUAUAUAGUAUUUUAAUAAAUGUUUAAUUAUUAUAAUGGCAAAUUAUAUUUCUAUGACUGAUCAAAAGGAAGCAUCAUUUGAUGAAGCAGAAAAUAAGACAGCUGAUUCCUUAGGGCUUAAAUAUUUCUGUAUUUAGAGGCCUGGGUCACAAUCAUGUCUGGUGAAAGCUGCUGGAUAUGCAUGAUCUUCAUGACUAAUUUAGUGUUUUUGUUGCACUUAAACAUUAAAUUAGUUCCGUGAGCAAAAUCAGAUUUGCUCACAUUGUGAGUGCCUUGCCCACAACCUAAAAGUCUAACUCCAAUUUUUGCCUUGUGAAUAAAAGUUAUUCUCAGUGGAAGAGAGGUGAUUGCUGUGCUGCUUGACUAGGCUGCUAGCCUCUAUAUUGGAAGUGUGGACUACAGUGAGAAUUUUGUAACCUUCGUAAUUGACAAGGCUUGGGAUAUCACCAGUUGCAAAAAUAGAAUUUCUUAGCAAUAUUAAUUAUUUUCUCAGCAUCAUAGGAAAUUCAGAGAGAAUAUGAAAUUUCCAAACUCUAUAUUUUGUGCAUUUUAACUUUUUAACAGAGUUGGGACUAGCUGGGAUAAGUGUCUACUCAGAUUUCUCUCCUGAUUGUAAAAUACAUCCAAUCAUAUGCUUCUUUAAAUGGACCUGCUGUCACCUCUCGCAGGAGUGCAUUUAUUCUAUCCUGCAAGGGUAGCUGAGGUGAAAAAGAAAAACACCUGAGUGAUGGUGAAAACCUGAAAACUGUAAAUGAGGUAGAAGUGAGGAAGAUUUCAUCAGCUAUUUGUCUAAAUCACGUCAUAGCCAUGCGCUGCAGACUGAACCUGUUAUUUCAAUCAGUGUGGUUAUUUUUUCAUACAACACAGGAGGGAAUAGAAGUAACUGAUUAUCAACACUACUCACAAUUACAUUCUGAUAGGAACAUGAAGUUCUUUUUGUCUGUGUAAGUCAGUGUUGCUUUAAUGAUGCCAUUUGUUUAGGUCAGUCAGCAGAUUUGAUAAUUGUUCCCCUCUUGCAUUCUCUUAUACCAGAUAUGUGACAUAAACCUCAUCUCUUCUUGGAAGCAUCUUGUGUGCAUGGUAGUUCUAGCGGGAAUGGGAAGGUUUGCAUGUAGAAGAGGAGGGGAAAAAAGUUUAUGAGCCAGACUUUUGUGCUCUCCUAGAUCCAAAGAUGUUUGUUAUAUACUCCACAAGCUACUUGUCCCACAGACUCAGAUAUAUUUUAUAUAUCAAGAUAUAACAAAUAUUUAUUUUAAAGAAGUUGAUAACUAGACUAUUGGCAGGUUUUUUUGGCUUAAUGCUUCUUAGCAAAGCCUUGCCAGUCAUGCAGUUGCUAUUCUGCAGGAUCAAAUACUCUGUGAAUGUGGUCCGUGAGUGUUGAGGGAAAUCUUAUCAGUAACAUCUUUAACUUUAGGGGAAUUGCAUCUGAGAAAUGAGACAAGACCUGAUUUGUAUCAUCACUUUGUUGCCUCUCUGCCUAUUUUGUGUGAAAAUUGGUAUCUGGUAUUUAAAUCUUGGCCGGAGAAAUCAAUUGUAAUAUGCUGUACUAUAGCUGUAAUUCUUUCCCUUUCUAAAAACAUCCGUGAAGGACUACUUGAAGUAAGAUUUUUUUCCUGCCUCUCUUUUAAGAUUGCCUUUUAUCAGUUUAAUUUGGAUGGCUGUUAAGAGCUCCUUCAUAGUCUGUCCAACACAGACUGCCAGAACAAAGUCCAUUUCCAGCCUCUUAUGAGUUUUCCCCUCAAAAUCCUAGGCUCAAUAUUUUACAUCCUUACGAUCUUCUGUAGGCCUUCAUCUGAUGUUAGAAAUAUGUGGGCCAUCAAGUUUUGUUCCUUAUCCCUGUAGUAUCAUCUCUGAUCAUGUCCUCUUCUCCUCCACCUGUGUUAAUUUAACUGUGCCUCUCCACUGAUAAUUUGUCAUUGGUGCUCUUGUCCUGAUAAAUCUCAAAUGCCACAUGGGUGGUGGAGUACCAGCAAAAAUUGAUGGGUAGAUUGCAGCUGGGCAAGACUGAGAGCAACAGUGCAACAGCCGGAGCUCCAGCUCUCCCUGUUUCUUCAUUCUCUUCUGAACCUCAUUGCAACUGUAAAAGGGCUGGGAGCUGGGGCAGGGGCUGGAAGCUGAAGAAUGUUACAAACAAAACUACCAGCCUUGUUCUGCCUGUUGCAGCCAACUUGGCAGCUGGUUUUUCCCUGACAAAGUGCUCAGGGGUUUGCAAGGUAAAAUGUGGUCAGCCAGCAGGGAAUAGUCAAGAAUGGUGAGGAGAAUGUACAGCUUCAGUUGCAGAUUUGUUCUUGAGGACCACUUGGAGAAUGUUCUGUGCAAUCAGCUAGCUGCAGGCACACUUCAAGAUGGCAGCUUUGUGGUCUUUGUGAUGGUGCUUCUUAUUGUGCCUCAUUUGCUGUUUACAUUAAGUGCUACUGUAGUAACUUGCUAACUGUUGCCACCAAGAUUGGUGCUUGAAGCCUGUGCAGAGGGCAGCAGGCUGCCUGCAUCAGUGGGCAUUGGGACCUUGUAGCUGGUUCUCAGAAGAUAGAGGCUGAUGUGGCCUGAUAUGGCAUUUUGAUAAGGAUGCUGGAAUGCAGAGGGAUUGGUCACAGCCUUGUGCUUGUAAACAUUGGAGAGAAGAAAAGUGGGCUAAAGGACUUGAUCAAGAGCUGGGGAAAGCCUGUUCUGUGAUUAUGCAGUGCUAAGGAAUUGGAAGGAAAACUUCUUUGUGUAUUUGGAUUUAUUUUUUAGUUUACUUGGACUUAUUUUCUAGUUUAGUUGUCUUUAUAAGUCUCUUUGUGGCUAGCAGCAAACAUGUAUCUUAGGGAUCUUUACAGUCAGCAAUGCAGAACAGCCACUAGAAGGGGACCUACAAAAACCAUCUGGUCCAUCUGCAUGACCACUUUAGGGCUAACCAAAAGUUCAGGCAUGUGUUGAGGUCUCUUGAAAGAAGAAAAGGAAAUAGAGAACUGUCUCAAGGAAAACAAAAUGUAAUCUCACCUAAAAAAAAAAACCAAACAGUCUUGAAAGCUACUUAAGUAUGCUUGGGGGGGGGAGGGGGAAAAAGAUAAUGGGAGAAGGCAAAUCAAGCUCCUAAGAACAAACAAAAAUUAAGUACAUUUAGAACUGAAAGCUAUCAUCAUUAAGAAGUGAGGAACACAGUAGAGAGAACUAAUAAGCCAAAUCUGUUGAAUCAUUUAGUUUUGAAAUCUGAAAUUUCUCAUUCUUAAGAGAGUAGUCGUAUACAAUUUCAGAUUUUGAUUUGAUAAAGAAGGCAAUAGAUUAUAUGAAAUUGGAGACAAAAGAAGGCACUUCAGACAAUUAAGGCUACUUUAUGACUUGGUUUUGAUAGUUGAAGGAAAGUUUCAGAGCAACUUCAGUUUGGCUCAAUAUCAGGUUUUGAACUUUACACAAGUCAUGUUAGUACUGACUUGGAAUUGCACCAUUAGGAAGAAAGCAGACAUGACUUACCUCCUGAAUCUGGAAAAUAGAUCAAAAUAUAGGACCUCAGUACCUAGAGCAGAACUUUGAGAGCAUUCCAAGUGGCUUAGUUUAAACCUGCAAUCCAUUUCUUUCAGCUGCUGCCUUGUCUCUUUCUCUGGCUUCCAAGUUUGCCAAGGCAAACGAACCCUUCUUUCAACAGGCCCUGAGCACCUGUCUGUGCUGCACCUCACCUGCUUUCUAGAUUGCACCCAAGAGAGCUCAAGUCUUCUUUAGCAGAUGGAUUUCACUCUGAAUCUUUACUUGGGAGUCUUAAUAUAUUGCACUUUGCACUGUAUGGUGUAACAGUGGGGCAGCCUAAGGAUCUUGUUUUCAAAUGCAGUUCUUACACAGGCAAGAUGAUAUAUUUCCCUAUUUCGUUAUCAGUGUCACAGAUGGGACAAGCCUUAAUCUUUAAAGAUUCCUUUUAUUCUGUUAGUGUAAACAAAUGUUAGCAUAGACAAAUGUUUUGUCAGUAUUUUGGGCAAAAAUACUGUCUGUAGGCUCUACAGAAAGGGAAGUCAGAAUGAAUUGUCACAUCUGUGAUUUUAGUAUCACUUGCUGCAUUGCAUUUGCACAUCCUUGUUCUGUCAGUUUUCUUACGCUUCUUGCAGUCUGCUCUGUUUUCCUAAAGUUUAUGGCACCAUUCAGUCUUUGCUCAUGUAUGUAUGGAUAGAUAAGUGAGCUUGCCAAAGCCUACUAUGCAUUCUUUAUACCGAGCACUGUGGCACGGUCAGACCAAAACCAUUUCUUUGGUUCUCUCACUUCUGACCUUCAGCUAACUUUGGCUUCAGACUUAAAAUCUGCAGAUCUCGUUUCAGGAGGGGAAAAAAAAAAAGAAA